AUGACUACGACAAUCAUACCAGAACCCACACCUCCCGUCCCCGAUGCCCAACGCAGAUUUUCCUGGCUCCCGCGGUCGGCAACGCCGUCCCUUCGCAGCCCCACCUUCCGCCGACGCACGGCGAGCCCUUUUGACGAUGAUGACUACUCGUAUUCCGACAGCAACCCUUUCAGCGAGGACUUCAGACAACUGAACGAGUCCCCCGAAGGAGACCCCUUCCGAGAUGAGAACCCAUUUGAAGACGGGGAGUACGAGCUACCUCCAGGACCGAAGCGAGAGGGAACUUGGACGAAGUUCAAGAAGGCGAUGAGUCCGAGGCGGGCAAUCAGCAAAUGGAAAUAUCGAAAGGUUAAACCUGGUGCAAACAGGACAGAAAGCCCAGAUCAAGACGAAGAAGUGGACCAAAGAGACCCGCACGGACAGGUCUCUUGA